AUGGCUACUUUACUUACUGACACUCCACGCCACCGCGAACUCAGCUACAAUCGCAAUAGCAGAUCUUUAACAAUCGACUACGAUUAUAGUCUGCGCCACAUAAAAAGCGAGGGAAAGACCUUGGAGUGUAUAUUAACUCAAUAUGCCGCCUUCACCGAAACGGCCAUUGUCAAAAUCCAAUUCUCCGAAGCAUGGAAUAUAUUUCGCCACAAUGUUCCGACUUUCGAGCACACACAUACCAUUAAUUAUGGUCCCCUUAAUCAGAUUGUGAACCAGCAGCGUAUUGCAGAUGUUGUUCGAGCUCUCAAAGGGUUUCGUCAGUUGAGAAAUCUAGAAAUUAGUUUGAGUCUCGACAUCGAAGACUUCCCCCGAAUUGCUUGUGUGGCUCCGUUUUUUGACUUGCGUGGUCGUUGCCAGCAGUGGAGCAUGAGGUACAAACUUGGUAGACAUGGAAAUUAUAUUUCUAUCGGUCCUGGUUCACCUAAACCUACAUCUUAUCAACAACAGCGUAACUUCACACCAACAACACCAAAAGACUCGGAAAUUGUAGAAACAAUCCAAGACGCCCAAAUGGCUUCAGGUAUUACUUGGCACUCUGAACUUUCAUACCAUCAUGGGACAUUAACAAUCAACUACGACUACGAGGAUUCCGACGUCAAAUACCAUAUUUCUCAGUAUGCGCUUAUUGCCCGAGAAAUCAUAUUCAACAUCUGCUUCCCCGAACCAGAUAACGACAAUACUGGACUACGAAGAGUCGAGCAAGAUCUCUCCGAAAUAAUUGAAACUCUCAACGACGAAUUCGACUUAUGUAGAAGCGAUGUUAUGUUCUGGCUACGCGAAUACGAUAUUUCGCAGAUUUCUUGUGCUCUUGAAUUUCGUCAUCUUAGGGGGCGGACUGUGUUUGAGUACUAUGUGAGAGGAUAUUGUCAAGAUACAGUGGAUAUGGAUUCGGAUUGA